AUGCCAUACCUGGAGAAGACCUUCCCCUGGAAGCUUGUUUCGGAAAUGCUCAAUUCCAGUCUCUUGUCAUACCGGGACUUUGGUCGGAUUGAAGACACUCAAUUUCCUAGACCUGAUAAGGAGUUGCCUCGUCCACUACCAGAGGAUUUCGCCAUGAAAGGGCUGUUGUGGAUGGAAAGAUACUACCCUGUGGAUUGGUUCACGAACGAAAAUAUUGAUGACGACGAGAAAUACUUCGAAGUCGCUUCCAUGACAGAAGAGAGGAAGGAGCGAAUCCUUUGGCUAGGAUGUCGCCUCGCCAGUCGCCAAAGAGGACUAGUAUACAACACGGAAUCUCACCGUUUUACAAUUCUCCCCGCAUUUGAAAGGGACAUCAGUAGAGCCAGUCGGCUCAUAGCUGUAGACAGGUACGUCUACAAGGUAAAUAACGCUUCCUCCGCGUCGGCCUCUUCUGCCUCUAGUUUGCGUUACUAA